AUGUCCACCUACUUCGAGACCGUGUCCAAGUCGUUCGUCGACGUGCCCGUGUCGGCCGACGGCGUCGACACGCUCCAGUUCCUCGAGGCCGCCGAGGGCCUCAUAAAGAUGUUUGACCUCCUCGGCAGUACCGCCUUUACCAUCGUCCAGAACGACAUGAACGGCAACGUCACUAAAAUCCGCACUCGCUACAACGCUGCGCCGGCACAGUCGCAGACGCUCGAGCAGCUCGUCGCCAACGAGCAGGGCGAGAAGAAGCGCACCGCGACCGAGGGUCUCUUGUGGCUCCUCCGCGGCCUCCGCUUCACCCAGGUCGCGCUCAAGCGCUCGCAGGCCAACAAGGAGGAGGAACUCGCCGUCUCGUUCACCAAGGCGUACGAGGAGACGCUCAAGAAGCACCACUCGUUCGUCGUGCGCCCCGUCUUUGGCCUCGCCAUGAAGGCGUGCCCGUACCGCAAGGACUUUUACGCCAAGCUCGGCCCGCCGUCGGCGCCCAUCGACUCGGAGCUCGACAAGUGGAACUCGGCCCUCGGCAGCAUCCUCGACCGGCUCGAGCAGUUCUACGUCGCUGGCAAGCACGACAAGGGCUUCUGAGUGCGCCGGUGAGAUGGGAGGAGAGCGGGCAGGUCCCGCUCGGGGCGCAGGAGCGAACGGGCGGUCGGGGAGGACGAGUCGGAGCCGAGCGGUUGCCGUAGCGCUCGACCUUGUCUCUGUGCGGCUCCUUUGCACCUGCAGUAUCGUCGGUCUGGCUGUC